AUGAAAGACAUAGAGCCGCCUAGUGAAGAAACCCUUUUGAAUAAUAUCCUCCCCAGCUAUGACAUGUUUAAGAGCACCAUUUCGCUCGAGUUGGAGCCACUGGAUGAGAAUUACACAGUUGAUCCGCCCACUUACGAUGAUCAUACGAUGACGCCGGUGACUUCUGCUAGAGAAUCAGAGACUCCGGAUGCUGAGGUGCUUGUUGAUGAUUACUCAGGGAGCGCUGAAAACAAUCUACAGGAAACGAUUUUGGCCAAUAUGGAUAACCUACCCAGCUUAAAGGGGAAUGCAAAAAGUGAUGGUCUUGACGUGAAGAUAAGUUUUACUGAAACAGUGGGUCAAGUUGGAAUCAAGCCGGUUAUGACUGACAUCAGUGCAAGAGAAUUCAAGCAAGGUGAUUUUCUUCACGGAUAUGUUACCAUCAAAAACACCACGGAGGAGGCCAUAAAGUUUGACAUGGUUUAUGUAUUGUUUGAUGGGGUGGUGGCUCUAAACACUGACACCUCCCCCAACAAGCAUACCUUUCUCACAAUGGUAGAUCUAUUUGCCUCCUGGAGCUAUGCCAACAUUGACAGGUUGGUCACGGACAAGGGGGAUCCUCAUGAUUGGUGUCCAGGGGAGAUCGAUCCAUAUGAUGGAACUUCCCUUUCAAUUGACGCAAGAAGACUUUUUCAACCAGGAGUAACCUACAAGAGAUUCUUUACUUUCAAGAUCCCCCAGAAAUUGUUGGAUAACACUUGUGAGAAGAGUUUGCCGCAGCAUGCUGAACUUUGUCCCACACUUGGAAUAAACAGGGAUGAAGUUCCAGUCAGCAUGUUGUUGAGCUCAUCUCGAGUGAGGGACCUAGCCAUGGUUAACUCUUUUCUAUCAUACAGUGUUUCUGCAAUAAUCAUUGGUCGGGCAAGCAACUUUGGUGUUGAUACGGUGAACGACAAGUACGUUAUUGUGAACCGUAAAAACGCACCAAUAAGGUUACUUCCCGAGCCAGCAUAUUUUGAUUAUGAUGCAAACAUUCACUACCAAGCUUUUGUUAGUUCAAUUGAAGAGUUGAUCAAGCCCGAUUUUAGUUCAUCAAUGAGUCAGGAGACGCUAAAAGUGAAGCAAUUGUAUCAUCAGAGGAAUUUGGAAAAGAGUGGCUACUAUCAAUGCGUUGAACCAUUUAAGAAGAAAACAUUGACUGGGUCAUCCAAUAUGGGAAUCAUUACCAUGUCAUCAAAGAAAACAGAGUAUUGUAUCAACUACACUCCUCCCAAUCACGGGCUUAAGUCAAAGAUGAUUAUUCCUAUUGAGAUACGUUAUUCUGGCACAUCUCAAACUCCGAUCAUCAAAAAAGUAGAGGUUGAGUUAGUUGCAAUGACAAUUCAAUCAAAACGACAUCCCAUCCCGAUUGAAUUCACCAACGAAAUGUUGUUCAAUGACCAGGAGAUACUAUCCAAUCCAGUGACAAACAACUUUGACACAAUCAUAAUUGGCAAGUUUAACAAGUACCUCCAGAAAAUGAGCCAAGCUGUAAAAGCCGGUGCCAAGAUUGAGUAUCUGAUUUACCGUGAUGUCAAAACUUUAGCUUCCCUCAGCACUAAAUAUAUCAACUUAUCAGUGCCCGACAUUGAAUUCUACCAAGAUGACACAAAUUUAAAGCUCAAUUCAAUGCCUUGGGAAUCUAAUGAAAACGAUCUUGUCACGAAAUUUUCAAUUGCCAUGGAUCUCAACAAGUGCACUUUGAAAGGAGUAAAUAACACUGUCAAAGGAUUGGAUAAGAUUACCCUAGUUCCCACAUUUCAAAGUUGUUACGUUAGCCGGAUGUACUAUAUCAAGGUGACGGUCAAAACUAAUGGUGCUACGCUUGUGUUGAACCUUCCACUUCGAAUUGAGCGCUGA